AUGUACAUCCUUGGCCACAGUGACAGGCACACGAUCUCACAUUUGCCUAAACCCUUUCCAAGUGCCAAAGUACAGUCUCCCUUGGGUAAGGAGACCAAAGAUUAUGGAAUUUUGAAACUCAAGGCAGCACUUAUAAUUCUACAGAAGCAACCAACUCCAGCAUGGAAAUGUGCAGGGCACAGGCAUAUCCCUGACAGACAGUUUCAGGAGCUUCUCAAAUGUAUGCCAACGGCAGAAGACCCUGGUUUCACGGUCUGCUCAGUCUGUACCCUGGCCGGUGUUAGUCCCUUGGCUAAUUGUUCCCCAGAUUCUGUAUGGCUGUGUUUCUGGGAGAGUGGAGGUGGGCUGUUCACUGCUUAG